AGUCAUGAUGAACGUGGUAAGUGUGUGCUAUGAAAUGCUGUACUGAUAUGUGGAAGGUUCAGGAUAGCAGGUAUAUGAUCAUCAAAAUCAGUCUGCAUAGAAGUAAUUCAUAUCUUAGCACUACUGAGCUCUGUCAGUUGAAAGCGAUUUGAUGCAAAUUUAGCUUGGAUUUUAGAGAC